UCUUCUAGAUUUUCAAUUUUUUAAUUUAAUUUUAAAAAACCCCAGAAUCGGAUCGCUUUACCUAUAAAUACCACCCUCCUCAACCAGGCCAAACUUCUUUCGCCAGCUUUUGCAACACUACCUGCAAGAUUGGUUUUUCAUCGGAGCGUCUGAUUUGUGAUUUAGAGAUUUUAUAGACCUUUUUAACUGGGUUUCCGGAAUUUGAGAUCUUUCGAUAAGGUUAUGAGGGUUUUGAUCUGACAUUGGCCAUGCUGAUGCAUAAGAUUAGAAUUCUUCACUCAUUUUCGGUAGUUUUCCUCUAUUGGUUCUAUGAAUUUGCACGCUAAGCCCUAAUCACUUUCAUUUCAUUUUUUUAUUGCUUUCUUCAAUCAUUCAAUUGCUAUAGGGGAUUAGGGGUUAGUGAAAAUUAUUUGAUUGUUUAUAACAUUUGAGGAAUGGCUUCAAAAAAAUUGCCAACGAUCCCGGGUUCUGAUUGUGAUGAAAGAAAAAGGAAGCGCAAGCUGUCUAAUCGCGAAUCAGCACGUAGAUCUCGGAUGAAGAAGCAGCAACGCUUGGAUGAGCUGAUUGGAGAGGAGGGCCGUAUAAAGGAGGAGAACAAGAAGCUGAGUGAGAUGAUUGAUGCCACUGCUAAUCUGUACUUAGAUGUUGCGUCCAACAAUAAUGUGCUGAGGGCUCAGAUUUCCGAACUCACUGACCGCCUCAGGUCGCUCAAUUCUGUACUUCAGAUUGCGUCUGAGGUGAGUGGCCUCGUGAUUGAUAUUCCGGACAUCCCGGAUACAUUGCUCGAGCCGUGGCAGCUGCCUUGCCCGAUUCAGUCCGCCCCUGCUUCUGUUGAUAUGUUCCAGUGCUGAAAUGGUUGUGGAGGAAGUUUCUAAUGCUGAAUGUUGAUGUUGUACUUGCCCUCUUACUAUUAGGCAUAGUCUCAUGUUUUGGUCCUACAAUUGUUAUCUCAACAAAGAUUAGGUUGUGUUUGGAUUUGAUCAUUUUCUUAUGGAAUCUAUUGAAUUAAGUUCCUCUUCUUUA